AUGUCAAUAUCUGUUGGUCCAACAGCGAGCACUGCGGUGACACUUCAUUGUUUACCAAUUCGAGAAUAUUUGAGUUACGGUAAUAUUAAAUCGGUUGUUCGAGGAUUUAUAACUGAAUAUGAAACACCGAAAAUAGUUACCAUUCAUUCAAUAUCAAUCGCACUAAUGUGUCGUCUUAUUCAAGGUUAUCAAGAAACAGACACAUCAAUCAUUAGUUCAAUUACGUUAAAAGUCAAAGGAAUCGGUAUUAAUCAAACAUCAAAAAAUCAAACGUUGGUCAUUGAUGCAGCUGAUUAUAUUGUACCACCACAAGAAAAUAAUGCAUUAUUUAUUAUGACUAAUUUUAUUCGGACAGAUCAAGAACAUAAACGAUGUGAAGAAUCGCCUGGCAUCGCAAAAGCAAAAUGUGUAUCAAAUACUCAUUGUAUAUGUCUCAAGCCAAAUAAUUCAUUGCCUAAUACCACAGGAAUCUGCCAGUUGGAGGGCUGGUGUCCAGUGGAGAAUGAUUCGGUACAACCGUCUCCUAUAAAAGAUGCAUCACAUUUUACAAUAUUUGUUAAAAAUUUUAUCGAAUUUCCUCGAUUUAAAGUCAAACGAAAAAAUACUGUCAAUACAGCGAAAAGCUGUAUUCAUCAUAGUGUGACAGAUAAGGAAUGUCCCAUAUUUCGAGUUGGAGAUUUACUUGAGGAAGUUGAACCAGAGGCAGAAGAAAGAGAUAGAAUGUUGACAUAUGGUGGUGUUAUUCGUGUAAAAAUUGACUGGGAUUGCAAUUUAGAUAAACCUUUGUCAGAAUGUAAACCUGUAUAUACUUUUGGACGUCUCGAUACUCGAUUUAACGAAGAAAACUUUUCUUAUGGAUUCAAUUUUCGAUUUGCUUCUCAUUGGAAACAUCAAAAUCAUGCAUUUCGAACAUUGACAAAAGCGUUUGGUCUACGCAUGAUUAUGUCGGUUUCUGGUCGAGCAGGCAAACUUGACUUUAUUACGUUGAGUUUAAAUAUUGGUUCAUUAAUUGGUAUAUUGGGUUUAGCUACGUUUAUUUGUGAUAUUGUUGCACUCUAUCUCCAUAGACAAUCAACCGUUUAUCGUCAACAAAAAUUUCAAGAUGUUGAUUUAAAUUUGAUGCGUUUAGAAAGAUUGAAUAGCAUGGUACCGGGAACCGAUGACCGAAUUAAACAAAAUCAUGAACAACGUAGAUCAACAAUAGAUGACAGUGCCAAAGAUGUUCAUAAGCGAAAAACAAAGCACAAGAGUAGAAAACGUUCAUUAUCGCAAAAUCAUCUGUCACAUGAACAACAUCAUAAUUUUUCCCUUGAAAAUUCACCUGAUAUGUCAUCUAUACGAAACAUUGAUUCUUCUCAUUCAUCGUCGGGAACAAAUAAUGCUUCAUUAGCGUCUCCUGUUGUUACACCAGUGAUGUCCACAAAACAUCCGCAACAACAAAAUCCCAUAAUUAGUCGUUCAUCAUCAUUUAAUAAAACCUUAUCACCACAAUUAUCACCAAGUGCAACGCGCCGAUUAAAAGAUACUAACUCGCAUCGUAGCAAACAUAACAGAUCGAAAUCGCGAGAUAAUGUUGCAUCAUAUGAACAUGAUCGAUUAGAUAAACUUCUAGAUGGAAACAUGGAUGAAGGUGAUAAUAUUGUUUUUGUGGACGAUGAUGUAGAUAACGAGGACGAUAAAGCGUCUAUAAACACAAUACAGUUUCAUUUAUCCGAUCAACCAGUAACAUCGAAAAUAGAUAAUACAAUGAUAUCUGAUUUAUUACCAAAUCCAAAAUUAGAGACGUUUUUAUAA